AUGGAAACUCAAAAGCUGCAGAAAAACCAGUGUGAUAUGAAAACAGAUCUGAACUUACUGCUUGAAUGCCUUAAAUACCAGAUGGACUGCCCUGUAUCUCAGAAAGAGGCUUUGAUCACUAUUUAUUCAAUUUGUCAACAAAACAGUGAAGCAAGCGAAUAUUUUCGAGAAAUUGGUGGUUUGAUGUUUAUAAAUGAUCUGGCAAAGUCAAGUGUUCAUUGCAUAGUAAAGGAAGCAGCUUUAUUUACAUUAGGAAUUAUAAUAGAGAGUAAUGUUUAUUGUCAAGAAACUUUGUGUACUUCUGCAUUAUUUGAAGACCUCAUUUUAUUUUUAAUUAAUAAGGAUUCUGGUGUGAACUUGAAAAGAAUGUCUGUUUAUGUCAUCUUAGUACUGGUUUCAAAUAAUAAAAGUGGGCAAACUUAUGUCAGAGAUACAGGCUGCAUUGGUCUUCUGCUACAGUUGUUCAGGACAACUCUUUCCACAUCUGAGAUGAAUCUGUCAGAUGAAAACACUAACCAGUGCUAUCAGCUGUGGUCUUCAGUCUGCAGUACUCUCUGUGCCUGUGUCAACAAUCCUCAGAAUGAAGAUAAUCAAAACAUUUGCUGUUCAGUUUUUCCAUAUGCCAAAGAAUGGCUCGAAAGUUGUAUAGAGCCUGAGAUAGUUCGUCCUAUUUGUUCAUUUGUUGGUCUCACAGUUGCAAACAACUCAUACGUGCAGAAAUAUUUUGUUUCUGUUGGAGGAUUGGAUAUCUUAGCUAAAGUUCUCAUCAAACUUACGCACGAUUCCUGUAUGAGUCAGUCAAGCACAAAACUUGCAGUAGUAGUAACAAAGACUUUGGAUGCCUGCAUUGCUAAUGACUCUGCCAUGGGUGUUGUCUUGACAAAGUAUCACACUGUAUCAGAGCUACUGAAGCUGCUGUCAAAUGACACUCUGGAUACAGGAGAAAAAAUCAGUAUUAUUCUAACAAUUGGACACUGUACUGAAGUUUGUGCAGAAAACCAGUGCGAACUGCUCCAGAACAAUGGUCUUCCACUUAUGAUUCAGAUACUAACCGAGUCGCAGGAUGAGGAACUAAACAAAGCUGCUACUUUUGUGCUGCAGAACUGCAAACAAAUGACUGAACAAUUGUUCCUGAAAAUAACUGAUAAUUCAUUAAACGUGAACAAUGCAGAAGAGUUGGAAGCGCAAGUCAGAGAAAGAAGUCUACAAGACUACUGGAAGAAAGCAGAAGAAAUAUUACACAGAAUAAACUUGAUUGAAAAAGAACAUGAUGAGGAAAGAGCGCAAGGAAGAGUAUUUGUAGAUGGAUCUUCAGACGCCAAUAUUGAAGCAUCAAAAUACCAUGAAGUGAAUCCUUCUAAUCCAAAAACUUGUAUAGAAAGAACACAUAAAGAAGUACAAUGUCUACAGUUGACCCCUAAGUCAGAUGAUCAGGUUCUUGCUCCAUCUAUAAAUUGGUCUCCACUGAAAAAUGAAAUAGCAAACCCUACGGAUCCAUUAAAUGCUUCUACUAGACAAAGUGAACAGUGUAAUAUUCCGUGUGCAGUUAAUGAACUGCAAACAGGCAACAGAGUACUUCGAAAUCACAGUAUAAAUGAAAAAACUGCUUGUGUAAAAAAUCAGCCUAUUCUUCCAGUAAGUGAACACUUAUUUAAACAACCAGCAGAGAUUGUUAAAAAUAUGAAACAGACAUGCACACCAGAUCAACAUUCAUUCUACUCAGAGAUAACCAAGGAAAAAAAAAGUAUUUCAGCUACAUCUGCAUCUCAUAAAAUGGCAGAUUUAAGGUGUUUAGGUUGUACAGCAGGAGGACUGUCCUUCAAUAGUAAAACCUUUACCAAGAUGCUGCAAAGUUGUCCAUACCAGUGUGACCAUCACAAAGUCAUUCUGGAAGCUGAAGAAAGAUAUAAAAAGGAACUUCACAAAUUGACUGCUUGUCACAACAGUAGAUAUGCAACUCAUGAGAGUAUUCUUUUGACUCCUAUUAGAAAAAACAAAUCUGAUACUUCAAAUAGAGAUGAAUAUAGUAAAAAUACUAGAUUGACUGACAACUAUAACUUGAUACCUACGUAUGAAAAGUCUUUCAAAAAAACCCAAGAUGCUAAGUUGAAGAGACAAAGAGUCAAAGAAAUAUGCAACCAGCAAUGUCGGCGCUUUAAAGAAAAUUGCGUAUAUUCACUUGACAGAGAUGAGAACAACGAAUAUUCCCUGUACGCGAACACAAGAACUUUAAACAAGAGAAGAAGAACCCGAAAAGAUUUCACAACUGAAGAAAUUAACUGUCUAUUGAAUGGAGUGAAACAAAUGGGUCAUCACUGGAACUUAAUUUUGUGGUCUUAUCCAUUUCAGAAAGGACGGACAAGUGUUGAUCUUUCCAAGAAAUACUACCGGUUACAGUUGCAAGUAAUCACAAUUUAA